UUAAAACGCUUAAACAACAGGUCCAUACUAAAUAGCAUUGUUUAAAGUUCAUGAAUAAUGUAUAACUUUAUAAUUGGGUAAUUUAGAGUACAAACAGAAAGAUAAAAGAUCGUUCGAGAGUACCGACUUGUUAUGUUUAAGGGACAAGAGUGAUUUUACUGCACAGAUUCGUAGCACGCAAGAUCAAGGCAGAAGAGCUGCACGCCCCCACAAUGAACCAGAACAGGCACGAUAACGUCCAGAGCCACCGUUUUCUAACUAAAGACCCCACAUCGACGCUUGGAGAAGAUCGGAUCGCCCGAAUUCUAAAAAAUGACUGCAGCGGACACGGCAACGGCACAAACCAUCCAACAAGUUUUUUAGAGACACUGAUGCACCUGUUUAGGGGCAAUGUCGGUCCUGGUAUGUUCGCCAUGGGCGACGCGUUUAAAAACUCGGGCGUCGUACUGGGCAGCUUUCUUUUGCCGCUCUUAGGGCUCAUAUGCGUGCACAGCCAGCAUCUUUUGCUGAACGCCUCCCUGCAUUUGCAAGACAAGUUGAACCUGAAGAGGAAUCCGGGUUUUGCGACGACGGUCGAGCUGUGUUUCGCCACAGGACAUCUACGUCUGCAGAAAUACGCGACGGUCUCCCGACGGCUGGUGAACCUAUUCCUGUGCUUGACGCAGUUGGGGUUCUGCUGCGUCUACUUCGUCUUCAUUUCGAGAAACCUCAAGCAGAUUAUUGACUCUUACGGGUACGAGUACAGCAUUCACCUUCACAUGGCAGGAGUGCUUAUUCCAAUAUAUUUAACUUGUAUGGUCCGUAAUUUAAAAUUCCUAGCACCCUUAUCAACCUUGGCUAAUAUUCUGAUGGUGUCCGGAGUUAUUAUCACCUUGUACUAUGCGGCAAGGCCGCCUAGUGCUUUCAACGUGGUUAACUUCGCGCGUAUCGGACAAUUGCCGCUCGCUUUCGGUACCGCCGUGUACGCCUACGAAGGAAUUGGUUUGGUACUGCCGUUGCAAAACGCAAUGAAAAUGCCGCACAAAUUCGACAGCACUUUCGGUGUGCUGAAUGUCGGAAUGGUUAUUGUAACGGUCUUCUUCUUCGCGGUGGGCUUACUGUCGUAUCUCAAGUACGGAGAUGACAUCCACGGAAGUGUCACCCUAAAUCUGCCAAAGAAUGAAGUUUUGGCCCAAUGUGUUAAAAUGAUUAUUUCGACAGGAGUCCUGCUAACAUUCGCGUUGCAGUUUUACAUUCCCAUCGAUCUUAUGCUACCAACCGUGCGUGAACAUUUCAGGCAACGGCCUGUACUAGUCGAAUUGGUGUUCAGGACGGUGUUCGUUUUGAUUACAUUUACCUUGGCCGAGCUAAUCCCAUUUCUGGACCUGUUUAUCACGCUGGUGGGGGCGUUCAGCAGUACCACGAUUGCACUAAUCGUUCCUCCCAUUUUGGAAUUGAUCACGAGAAGAAUUACCCCGUGGAUUCUGUUAAAGGACGCGUUCAUUGUCGUUGUUGGCUUGCUGGGGUGUGUCACGGGCUCCUUCGAAAGUAUACAAUUGAUUGUUAACGCGUUCAAGGAAUAAUCUCUAGAUCGCUUAGUAGUAAAUAAUUUUGAAUUACACCACACCCUGUACAUAUUCGUUCCAUUACGAUUCGAAUUUUACUUCA